AGGCAAGUAUCUUACAAAAUGGAAUUAAUCUUUAUAAUUUUUUGCUGAUCAGGGAUUAAUUUUUUUUUUAAAAAAAAAAACACUGAAGUCACUGUAAUUUAAUGUUGGUUUCACACGAUUGAUAAGAAAAACUGCACUUGCAAAGGUUUUUCUCAUUCUCCAAUCAAUCUCUGAACCAUUAGAUGCAAAAAAAUCUGAAGAAUUACACUCACAGACCUUACACCGAGUCUCAAAUUGAGGGAUCUGGCGAAGAAUUUUAUUAUUUCUGGGCUCAAUUGAUAGGGGAUAUGGAGCGAUGAAGUGUUGGCGAUGGCGAGAGGGGUAAAAUGGGGAUGUUCGUACAAGAAAACAACUCUAAUAGUUUGUUCAAUUAACAUUGUUAUUGCUCUUUACGUUCUUCGCUCUCUCUAUGCCUCACUCUACUUUUACUCCAAUCCUAAUUUGAACGACGUGGUGAAGUACACGCCGGAUCAGAUUAGUAAGAUGGAGGAAUCAAUUCGGAUUCGAAAAUCGAAAGAACCUAGGCUGCUUGUUCAACUGGUAAAGGAACUUAAGAGGGGGCUCAAGAGAGAGGAGGAGGUUGUUGAAUUGCCAGUGGAUGUUAAACGGCGAAUAACUGAUGAGCUUUUGCAGCGACUGAGAAACUUAGACGCCGAUGCUAAUAUUACUGAGCACCGAGACGCAGUAGAAAGCUGGCGCAUACAAAAACUGCAACAAGUCAAACAGUUGACUAAUGGAACAGGGGGACUGAAUUCAACUAUUUUGCAAGAAGAAGCUGGGAUGCUAGUAAGAGCCUUGGAGUCUGAUUGGGCUGUGCUAUCAGAAAACAUUGGCCUAUGGAUACCUACUGAAAUCAUUAACCAGGAGCAUGACGAUAAGCUUGAGGGUGAAGAAGAGUCUGAGGAAGAAAUUUUACCUGGCAGGCCACCUCCACCUGAAUGUCAUGCUGAGCUUCACACUGAUUACGAUGGUGCUGCUGUCAGAUGGGGCCUUACUUUUCAUAAAGAAAGUGCGGCGGACUGUUGUCAAGCUUGCAUAGAUCAGGCAAAAUAUGCAAAGCCAGGUGAAAAGAAAUGCAAUGUAUGGGUCUAUUGUCCAUCUGAGAUGGGAUGUUAUUCGCCAGAUAUCUAUCAACAUAGAAUUCAGGAGUGCUGGCUUAAAUAUGCUGAAACUCCGAGAUUGAAUUUCAAGGACCGAUAUUCUGAAUCAUAUAGAAAUGCCCACCCAAAUGCUCCACUGAUUGUUCCCUGGGUCUCUGGUGUUGUUGGUUAAUGAUUAGAUAGUACCGAUUUAAAUGACGGCACAUGUUGAUGUAGCUUGAGCUGCAGCCUCUUACCUUGGGAAGUUUUACAAAAAUGUGAAGCUAGCUGUGGCGAUUCUGCUUAAAUCUGGACAAUCUGCUAGAAUUUUUACUUUGGUUUCAUUGUUUCUUUUCCUUUUUCUCAUUAAUGAGUAGUUGAGGAGCAAAAUUGCUCGUAGAACCAUUUUUGUAACCAGUGGUGUGAUAGUUUUGGUACAGAUAAUUCUAAAUCUGGAAAAGGUGUUUACAGAAUUAACAUGAACAACUUUUGAUAUAUGCAUUGGUGUGAGAAGCUUGGUUGGAGUCA